AUGUGCUGCGCCAGUAACCGGUCAAACCCAGCUGGCGGCAGCAGUGCGGACGGACUUACCGCGGAUGAAUGUCUCGCCAACGGACUGUGCAUGAAUGUACUGACGUACAGAAAUAGUGCUGGGGAAUUGGGCACAAAUACCACAUACUGGCGCAAUCAGUGUACGAUCUCCGACUGGACGAAUAAUGGAUGUUUGAAUGUGUGUACCAAGGGAUCGACACUAAGUGGCGGAUCAGACUUUUCUGCUAAGAUGACCUCUUGCGAUGGCACUGCGAACUCGACGACUUGGUGUUGUGGGGAUAAUGCUAGCUGCUGCAAUACUUCAUCUGCAAUUACGAUAGCUCAGAAGCUGGGUGAACAUAAUUCUACCUCGACAUCGCUUUUGACACCAAGCUCAACGUCUACUUCAACUUCAUCUUCGCCCUCAUCGUCUCAACUUUCAGGCGGUGUUAUCGCCGGGAUCGCUGUCGGAAGCGUUGUUGGUGCUAUUGCAUUCCUGGCUAUUAUUUAUUUCUCGUUCGUACGAUGGAAGAAGAUAAGAAUUCAGAGAGAGAAUGAAGUAGAGGGAUUGGCGAUAAAUCUUCGCCCGGCUUCUCGUCCCCAAGAGCUUGAGAAUCAUAUUCAGACUGUUGACAUGAGGAGUGUUGCACAUGAGAAGGCAGCUGGGCCCCAAGAUAUUAGGGCUGAGCUCCCAAGCGAGCCGGUGAGACGAACAGUGGAUUAA